GAGUGUGUACAUGAGUGACGUGUGUGUGUGUGUGAGAGCGUGAUACAUACAUAUGACAACUGUCGCUAACUUUAGCGGCUUUUCUCUCAGUUUAUCGCGUGUUCUCGCGUUGUUUCUGUCGCUCGUUCGUGUUUGUUUGCGUGAAAAUUAACGACGAGACGUUUUUUCUCUCUGUUCACGGAGAAGAAGAAGAAAAAACGAAGCGGGAGAGAAAAUGUCUGACUGUUAGCUAACAUUUGUUUAGCUUCAGGUGGAUUAAACGUCACCGUGAGGAAGAGGAGGAAGAGGAGGAAGAAGAUACACACACACACACACACACUGAGCUUCUAUGACUCGCCUCCGUCCCUGAGCAGACGAUGUAUCCGCCUUCUCGCAAGGACUUUGUCUCCCUGACACUCGGCGAUCCGCACGGUAACGCAUACAACAACGGUAAACACCGGAGACAGUCCUGCUGGAGGAAAUGGAAGCAGUUGUCUCGUCUCCAGAGAAGCCUCCUCCUGUUCCUGCUCGCUCUGCUGCUCAUAUUCGGACUCCUCUCGUACCCGAGCCUCAGACAGCAGUGGAGAGGUUUAUCUGACAGUGAAGACUGGCUGGAUCUGAAGGACUUACCUCCUGGAGUGAAUCCAGUUCUGGGUCCAGCUGCAGCAGUGAAAGCCCCCGCUCCUGUGGUGGGUCCGCAUCUGGGUCCAGCUCAAGGUCCAGAGGUGCCAGAACCCAGAGGACCAAACAUCGCUGUCAUGGCUAAGCCUCCGUUCAAGAAAAAGACAUUUUUAAAUAUGCGAGGGCCCCCGGGUCUGCAGAGAGACGCAAACGCAUCCGACACCGUCGCCGACGGAAGGAAGGAGCUAAAGGACGGAGGAGACGGUGGAGAGGACAAGGACAAGGACAAAGAUAAGAAGAUUGUCAGCUGGAGAGGAGCAGUUAUCGAAGCCGACCAGGUCACAGAGGCUCCGCCCUCGGCCGUCCAGAAAGACGCUGCAGCGCCCCCUGCUGCCACUGUGUUAGUGGAAGUUUCCCCUGGCAGAGUGGACCGAGUGGAGGCCGUACGUGACGCCUUCAGACACGCGUGGAAAGGCUACAAGGAGUUCGCCUGGGGCCACGACGAGCUCAAACCCAUCUCCAAGUCUUUCGGCGAGUGGUUCGGACUCGGGUUGACCCUCAUUGACUCACUGGACACCAUGUGGAUUCUGGGCCUUAAAGAAGAGUUUGACGAGGCAAAGUCGUGGGUGGACAAGGAGCUCUCGUUCAACAGGAACGUGGACGUGAACCUCUUUGAGACGACGAUCCGCGUCCUCGGUGGACUGUUGAGCACCUACCAUCUCACAGGAGAGCAGCUCUUUCUGGACAAAGCGAAAGAUCUCGGGUCCAGGUUGAUGCCCGCCUUCAAAACUCCCUCAAAGAUCCCGUUUUCUGACGUCAACAUCGGGAAGGGGACGGCGCACCCUCCCCGCUGGACGUCAGACUCCACUCUGGCCGAGGUGACGAGCAUUCAGCUGGAGUUCAGGGAACUGAGCCGCCUCACGCAGGAGCCGCAGUAUCAGGAGGUUGUGAAUGAAGUGAUGAGGCUGGUUCACAAACUGCCAGGAAAACACGACGGUCUGGUUCCGAUGUUCAUCAACACCAACAGCGGUCAGUUCUCCCACAAAGGAGUUUUCACUCUGGGAGCCAGAGCCGACAGUUACUAUGAAUAUCUGCUCAAACAGUGGAUUCAGGGAGGAAAGACCGAGGAUGAUCUGCUGGAGGACUACAUACAGGCCGUGGAGGGCGUGAAGAAACACCUGGUCAGACAGACGGGGCCGAGCAAACUGACCUUUGUCGGAGAGCUGUCUCACAACCGCUUCAACCCUAAGAUGGAUCACCUGGUGUGUUUCCUGCCGGGGACUCUGGCGCUCGGGGCCCACAACGGUCUCCCCGUGGACCACAUGGACCUGGCGGUGCAGCUGAUGGAGACGUGUCACCAGAUGUACGUGCAGAUGGAGACGGGUCUGAGUCCUGAGAUCGCACACUUCAACCUGCAGGCCAGCGACAGCCGCGACGUCUUUGUCAAGCCUGCAGACAGACACAACCUGCUGAGACCAGAGACUGUGGAGAGUCUCUUCUACAUGUACAGAUUCACCAAGGACACCAAGUACAGAGACUGGGGCUGGGAGAUACUGCAGAGCUUCAAUAAGUAUACAAAGGUCUCUGGUGGCGGCUACACAUCCAUUAACAACGUCCUUGACCCGGUUAAUCCCGGACCUCGGGACAAGAUGGAGAGUUUCUUCCUGGGCGAGACGCUCAAGUACCUGUUCCUGCUCUUCUCUGACGACGACGCCAACGCUGACCUGCUCAGGUUAGACAAGUACGUCUUCAACACGGAGGCUCACCCUCUGCCCAUAUGGCCGUCUCCGCCCAAGUGAAGGUCACGGUCGCGAGUAAAAGGUCAGGCUCUGGUUCGAGUCGUGGGGGCGUCCGGUCCGGACCGGACUGUCGUGACGGUGCGGUAAAUCAAUCCUGUGCUGUCCACACAACUGUGAUACAUUUACCACACGGAGGAGUUUAUUUUUGAAAGGUUUCCUGUCAGAGCUGGUCUCUCCUGUCAGAGUUUUGUUUUUCUAUCGAGGAGAAAAGGAUGGAGCAGAAGAAAGUGGGCGUGGUUUGUUACCUCGGUAACCGGGAACGUUCUUGUAAGAGUGUCCAGGUUACGACGACGAUCGUGUUUCUCCUGUAAGAUUUUUUGUUCAUCUUGUAAAGUAAAAAAAUCCUAAUUUCUCCUUGAAGCUGCGGGGGGCACUGUUGCUCAGCAAAAUGUACAUAUACCCCACUCAGAAGACACACAUUUAAUCCCAGGUUUAAAGUUAUUGACCCAUUUAAUCCCGGGUUUAAACGUGUGUUUUUGACCCAUUUAAUCCCGGGUUGAAACGGGUGAAAAGUGGAACAAUUUCAGAGAAUUCAAUGAUUUUAUCGGCUUCAGCGUUUGUGAGAACAUGAAACCGGAGUGAACGUGCUAAUAAUUUUUUCUUCGUCUGCGUCAUUUCUGGCGGAAUGCUACAACUACGCAUCCAUCUUCCAUAUUUAUUUCUUUAGAUUUGUUUUGGGGGUGGAGACUUGGGUGUUAAGCUCCUCCUACCAGAUGAGGCAACGUCCGUGCCGGUGGCGUUGCAGCUAACGUUUGCACUUCUGAUCGUAGCAUUAAAUGUAAAUGAGGCUAACGUUAUUACGCAGUUAAAGGGGAAAACGGGUUUGUGGUUUGAUUUUUAAAGGUGCGUUCACACUGAACUGAAUGUGAAGAGAUUUAUGUUGCGCUCUCAUGCGACUACGGUCGGGUUUUUCAGCGUUGACGAGAAAUCGCUUACUCGAGCUAAAGCUAACGAUGUUCAUAGUAACAUGUGACACAAACACAGUUGUGCGAAGUCCCAGAUCUUAAUCCAAGUGUUCAAAUUCAAAUAUUUCAACUCAAGUGACUGAUGUAAAUGUAAUCUGAGUUUUUUUAGGGAUUAAAUGUCCCCUGUUGCGACUCAUGAAACAUUUAUCUGUACUCUUUGCGUUGGCGGUGUAAGUUCGUCACACUGGUUGGAUUUCUGCUUUGUAGCGCUGUUAGCGCUUUGAUGCCAAAUGUUUGAGCACAUGUCGGCCAUGUUGGCAGGAGAGUAAACGGUACAACAUGGUAUUACGUGACCGUGGCAGCUUUCUCGUCAUUAUGGGAUGGUUGGGAACUUACACUUACACCGUCGCUUCGCUUAUGACUUAUUAUUUCGGAGCAGGGAUGGAAUAUUGGUCAGUAUCGGUCUGAUAUUGAAAAUCACUGGAUCGGAUAUCAGACAGAUAAAAAUGUAAAAUCUGAUACAAUCCAAAAAUCUUACAUAUAUGGCAUGCUUCACUGUGCACAGACUGUAAAAAUGUAAAUAAAAUCAGCAGAAGCUUUUAUGCUGA